AUGUUCCGUCUAGGAGUUGUCGCCGCCUUGAGAUCCCGUGCAUUGCGCGGAGCUACAGUCGGGAUUAUGGUAACGGCCUCGCACAACCCGGAGUGCGACAACGGGGCCAAGCUCGUGGAUCCUCAUGGUGAAAUGAUGGAACUGAGCUGGGAACGCUGCGUCACCGCGGUGUUAAAUGCAGACGAUGAUCAACUGGAGGGCCAGUUAACCAAGAUCGUUUCGGAUUUCUCGAUUCCGUCCGAUGCGCCGAGUAACUUGAUAAUUGGAUACGACACGCGAGCCAGCUCGGUGUCCCUGCACGACGCGGCGUCCGAAGGAGCAACGAGUCUGGGUUGUGCGGUCAAAAGUCUCGGGCUCGUGACAACACCGCAAUUGCAUUUCGUUGUGAGGUGCACGAAUGAUCCAAAAUACGGUGAGCCAUCCGUGCACGGGUACUAUGAUAAACUCACCUCGGCCUUCAUCCGACUCGCUUCGAAAACCAAACAACCCUUGCGUUACACUCCUGCUCUGACAAUUGAUGCGGCUAACGGGGUUGGAGCUCGAGCGGUCCACCUGCUGAGUGAACAACUGAAGAACAUCUUAGAGAUCAGCGUUGUGAACGACGGAAAUGGUCCGCUGAAUGACCAGUGUGGCGCUGACUAUGUCAAGAUCUCACAGGGGGCUCCAGUCGGCCUCUCAUUGAAAACUCUCGGCCGAUAUGCGUCUCUGGACGGUGAUGCGGAUCGUAUAGUUUAUUUCUUCCAAGAUGCGGACGGCAAGUUCAGGCUUCUGGACGGUGAUCGAAUCGCCACCCUCCUAGGAUCCUACAUCAAGAAACUCUUCGGGGAGGCGGGACUGAGCGAUGUCGGGAUAGCUUUAGUGCAGACUGCUUACGCCAAUGGGAGCUCUACCAAGUACAUCUCGGAGAAACUCGGAAUAAAUGCAUUGUGCGUUCCCACGGGCGUGAAGCACCUCCACCAUGAAGCUCAGAAAGCCGACGUCGGUAUAUACUUCGAGGCAAACGGGCACGGAACGAUCUGCUUCAGCGACACGAUCAAAAAUCGUGUGUCUGCUUUGAGCUCUGAAGAGGCGGCUACUAUAAGCGACUUCAUAGACCUCACCAACGAGGCAGUGGGCGACGCUCUCUCAGAUAUGCUUCUCGUCGAAUACGUCCUGAGAACUUCGGACACUGACGUCAGCGACUGGCUCAGUGAAUACGAGGAUCUGCCGUGUCGACAACUGAAGGUCGCCGUGAAGGAUCGAACUGUGAUCAAGACCGCGAACGCAGAGAGAACUUGCGUAGCACCGACAGGGCUACAAGAGGCAAUCGACGAUAUAGUUUCGCGAUUCCCGCAAGCUCGGUGUUUCGUGAGACCGUCCGGAACCGAGGACAUUGUACGUGUUUACGCAGAAGCUCCCGGAGAAACAGCGGGAGUGGCGAACGUGGACUUCUUGGCGAAUGAAGUUUCGAAGAUCUUAUCCAGGAUGUUGGCGUGAUGUGAGACCGGAACCUGAAGAAACUUCUGAAAUCUGCCUUACUGAGAAGUCUACGAACAAGUUUUCGCGUCGAGGCCCCCUCGCCACGAGUCUCAUAACCGGACUGCUAUCUUCCGAGGAAAGACAAGUCGUCGAUCUCCCCAGAGUCGACGAGAUUUUUGAAACAGCACAGAGUAUACAACAGGAUCGAAUGAUUUUAUUCUCAAGUCUACGUAAACUGAGCAAUAAUUUCUACCUAUCGCGUGACUCCUACCGAAGCGGAUCCCCCGAUUCUGACGGCCAAGGAAUAUCUCUGCUCCCUCUUGGGCACCCAAUCUCAUUUCAUUCGUCGAAACCUUGGUCGAUCACCUUUCAGAGGAAUCUAUCGGGACGAGUAGAAACCUGUAUCUCUC